AAAUAAAACUUAUAGGUACUAAACUGUAAUUUGCCAAUGAUCCAUGGAUCCAAUCCAUGAAUCCACCAAUCCAAUUGGAUUUGGAUAAAAUGGAUUGGAUUUAAAUAGAUUGGAAUAGGUGGAUAUUUUUAAUGGAUUGAUGGAUUUGAUUGGUGGAUUGGAUUGAAAUUGCCACCCCUAUUCUUGUGCCAACGGAGUACUGCCCCUCGGCUAUUGAUGCUAGUCGAAGUUGAGGAAGAUGAUCGCUUCGACAUGGCUGUACCUUCGCGUGAAGUUCUAGGUAGGAGAAAUCCCGAUUCCGGGGUCGCGAAUCGGCAGAGAAGGUGGGAUUUGGGGAAGAGGAGCAAUCGUCGAACCGUUCAGAAAGUAGAAGAAGAUUGGUGGGUAAUGGUGAGGAGUAAUAGACGAAUCGAUCAGAAUGUGGAAGAUAUUCAUGGGCAAGAGGAAAUUUGGGAAGAACCCUAAUUUCGUUUUCUGGCAAGAGAUGGGGAAGAAGGAAGGCUUAUGCGAAUCGGGUAGGUGGGAAUAUAAGGGUUAAUUUUUUUAGAUUGAUUGUUUUAAUAAUAAAUAAAUUAUUAAGCUGACGUGUCACUAUUUGCUUAGUUGUCGCUGACGUGUUCGCUGAAUUGGCGCCUCGUCAACCGACCGUCAAAUAAGUUGACAAUGUUAUUAACACUGUUAUAGUUUCUCACGGAAAUGGCUAUAUCUGGCACACAACAUCUUUCAAAAGUGGCUAUUAGUGGUAUAUCUCCAAAAGUGGCUAUAAGUGGCACAAAGGUGAUAGUAUUGGCUAUGCAAGUGUAUUUUGCCUUAUUUAUUUGACAAGAUGAAAAGAAAUCUUAUUGCAAGGUUGGAAGGACAUAAAUGUUUGAGAUUAUACAUUUUGAUGUCGUCGUACAAAUCAUGAGUAGUUAGUAUAAAUGGUCACACAACUUAUCACUUUGUAUAAAACGGUCACAAAACUUUCAUUUUGCACGAUUUGGUGAUACAAGCUUACACUUAUAACAAAACCGCCAUUUCCAUCCAUCUCCAUCCAAAACCCUAACAGAAUGCCGAUGUGGCUGCUGACUCAAUGAUGAUUUACUUGUAAUGGGUCGUUUCUAAGCAACUUUGAGCUGCCAAUGUUGGGGUUGUUAACCUAUAGAUAAGCGUGAACUGUGAAGGGCGAGCUGGUACUCUACUUUAUUCUAUCCCAAUUGAAGCUAAGUAUUGGGGUCGUUAACCUAUAGAUAAGUCUUAAAUUAACACAAAAUAUUGCUCUAAAUGUGUGGUUCAGUUAGACGGUUAAGUAUUGGUUAAAUCAUUAUCUCAAGACUCUCUGAGCUAGCCUUGGCGAGGUGCAGACUGAAUAGAAUUAAUGGUUUCAAUAUGCAAAAUGAAUUCUCAAAUUAAGGUCAAGGGUGUGUCGAGGAAGUUUAAUAUUAGAGUUGAUAGAGUCACUCGUUUUCUGACUAAAUAUCUCUCCCAGAUAACUGGAUAGAUAUUCUAGAUCUAAUUUCUUAUACUCUCUAAAAAGUGUUUAACCUUAAUUUCUUUUUUCGCUAUUGAAAUAAAAGUUGAUCUUGCUAUAAAAACCCACUUGUGAACUUUCAUGUUUUCAAACGCUUACAUGUAUUACACCUCGAAUUUCGGUGACUCUCAUCCCCCAUUUUACUUUCAUAUAUGAUGGUCGCCGACCCCAAACCAACUAUUUCAAGUCACUUCCUUCAUAUUUUAUUCGAAUUCUUUUUUUAUAAUGGUGAAAUUUUAUUAAAACGAAAACAAGAACAGAAAGUUCAACAAUCAGUAGAACAAAAAGUGCACGCCGACAAGCAACAAGAAAAAAAAAAACAAGAAAAAAGAACGAAACAAACAACACCAGAAAACUUUAUUCAAAUUCUUUAUCAUACUUCUUACUUAAGGUAAGAACUAGUAUUUUUGCUUAUAUGAUUUUUGUCCAACGCUCUACUUUAGACAUUUCACUUAAUUGGUGAUGUGAUUGUUAAAACAAAGGAACCUUCAUAUUGUUUCAGACUCAGGAGCAUGUUUUUUUUGUUAAUACCUUAUUUUGGCUUGAAUUAUGACCAUAUAAUCAAUUUUGGCCCGUGGUUUCAGAAAUUAACAUCCUGGCCUCAACUAUAUAACAUAUAGACUUAACACCAUUGACCGUUAGUCAACACGCCAUGUCAUUGACUCGUCAGCCAAAAAAUUAUUAAAAAAUUCAAAUUCAAACUAUUUUUUAAUUUUUAUGAUUUAUAAUCAAAUUAACUAAAAAUAAUUUAUAAAAAACAUAAAAUAAAUUUUUUAUUAUUUUUUGUGUAAUUUGAAAAUGAUUAAUUUUAUAAAUUAACCAAAAAUUAUCAAAUUAUUUUAUAUAUUUAACAUUAUACAAAAAUUAAAUAUAUAAUUUAUAUCAUAUUUUUAAAUUUAUAAAAUUUGAUAAUUUUU